AUGUCCAACGCGCCCCCACCCCACCGCCUCAAAACCACAAUCGCCAUCAUCGGCGCGGGAGACGUCGGAUCGACAAUAGCAUACACACUGAUCCUCUCGAGCGUCUGCAGCGAAGUCAUCAUGGUGGAUCCCAAGACAGAGGUGUUGGAGGGCCAGGUUCGGGAUCUGGGCGAUGCGACGUAUGGGGGUAGAUCGGGGACGAAGGUUCGGGUGGGGACGAGCAAGGAGGCCGGGCAGGCGGAUGUUGUUGUUGUUACUGCUGGGGCUAAGCAGAGGGAUGGCGAAUCCCGCAUCGACCUCCUCGGCCGCAAUCUCAAGAUCCUGAAGUCAAUCUUCGAGCCCAUGCAGCCCAUUGCCCGGACCACCGUCGUUCUCAUGGUCGCAAACCCCGUCGACAUACUGUCCUACUUCGCCCGCAAACUCUCCGGCUUGCCGGAGAACCAGGUCCUUGGUACGGGAACGAGUUUGGAUUCCGCUAGGUUGAGGGGAGAGUUGGCGAGACGAGCCGAGGUUGCGGCGAGUAGUAUCGAUGCGUAUGUGUUGGGAGAGCAUGGGGAGGGUCAGUUUAUCGCCUGGUCCAGCGCCUCCAUCGGCACCGCACCUCUCCACCACGCCCUCCCAAAGGACUCUCUAACCGACUCCUCAAAACGCGAAAUAGCCUCUCAUACGCGCGGCGCCGCCGGCGCGAUCAUCAAAGCCAAAGGCUGCACCAACUACGGAAUCGGCAGCGUCGCAGCCUCCCUCUGCAAAUACAUCCUCUUUGACUCGCACACCGUCCGCCCACUCUCCUUCUACCAGCCCGAUCUGGACUGCUGUCUGUCUAUGCCUGCGGUCAUUGGACGGAAGGGGAUUGUGCGGCCGAUUCAUGUGGAGCUUGAUGAAGGGGAAAAGGAGGCGUUGGAGAGCUGUGCGAAGGAUCUUAGGGGCAUUAUCGAGAAGGCUGAGAAGGAGCUUUGA